GGCUGGCUCUCGAAUGGCGGAGAACGUUCAGUCAGCGCCUUUAUUAUUCUUCCAAACCAGAACUGCAAAUUUGAAGAUCUGGACUCUCUCUGUAAAACAGCCCGUUUCUUUGCCAACCUGAACAUUGGUCCUCACACUGAUCUUAGCGCUGUUCGUGCCCUCAUCAGUCAAAACAACCUGAAAUCGCACUUUUCUACCCCACAAGACGGUCGCGUGCAGAUAAAUCGAAGUCUUCCAAGCCAGUGGAUCUUCCUAGACAGUGAGUAUGCUUUUGCCCUCAUAAAUAUCCUCAGGAAUCUUACGAAAAUGACUGCCGUUGUCUCACAUUCCGAGCCUUCUUGUUCCUCUUCAGUGACUGCGAUCAAUGGAAAUGUUUUUGGCAUCGAUCCGAGCACAGAAUCGUCCCACUUCCUGAUCGACAUCCUCUCCGACCAUGACGAGCUCUUCCUCAUUGACAUCACUCCAAGCCUCGCUGAGAACGAAUCGGUCGAUCAGGCGGCCAAUAUUAGCACAAGUGAGCUCCGUCCUUAG